GGUGUUUUUCCCCUUGCGUGGCAUGAAUCAGUGUCUGUGGGGUGAACAUUGCAAAAUUCAGAAUAUGUGUCUAAAAUUUCAUUAAAACAAGUGCGCUCUAAUUACUGUAUAAUCGGCAUAGCAGGUUAGCUGUCUAGUCGUGAAAUUCAAUUCCGUACCGUUUUAUCGAGAACUCCAAAAAAUGACGUCCUAUUUCGAAAAUAUACAAUCCUCGACAUGCUUAUGGUUCGAAAUGGGCGAGAAGCGAAAUAUACUGGCGUCUAUGUUGGCCGGAACAUUGUUUUUCGUAGGAUGGUGGUUUAUUAUCGAUGCACAUGCCAAAUAUCCUGGUGAAAUGUUAAAUGAGUACUACAUUUGUGCAGUAUUUGGAGUUAUUUCUUUCAUUAUGGUAAACUCUGUUACGAACGCACAGGUCAGAGGUGACGCAUACAAUGGUGGGUUUUUAGGAGCUAGAGGUGUAAGAUGUUGGUUAUUUUUUGGAUUUGUAAUGGGAUUUGCUGAAAUAAUUGCAGCUUGUUGGAUUUUGUUUGCAGAUUUUAUAGCUGCAGGGCCACAACAUUAUUGGCCUGGCAUAGCCCUCUUUUUACAGAACAUGUUCAUCUUUUUGGGCUCGCUCAUAUAUAAGUUUGGACGGGUAGAAGAAGUUUGAGAUUAAUCGAUAUUUGUACAUUAUGAAGUUUUUUACUUUUUGCACAGAAUCUUCUGGUCCUAUUAGGUUUUGAAGUGAUACACUUGAAACCAUGGAGUAAAUGAUUGUAAACAUUGCAUUAUACAUGAGAACUGAAUUGAUUCAUAAUAAAAUGAAGCCACUUUAUUGUAUUUAUUUUCAGAAAGGUACUUAUUUAAAACUCUUACUUACAUUGAUGAAAAAUUAAUUAAAAUCCAAAUAAUCAUCAAAUUUUAUGAAACAUAAUAAGUAUUAUACUGUUCAAG